GGAAGAGUUUAAAAAUUCUAAAGAAUCCCAAAUGAAUCCGGAAAAGACAAUAGAGCAGGUUGAGAUUUUAGAAAAUCAGGCGAAAACACUUAGAAUGAAUGGGUAUUGCAUCGCAUAUCAUAUUCUGACUAUGAGCAUCUUGCUUGCAUGCUCAGGGCUAUCAGGGUCUUCUGAUUGAGGAAUUAAGACUCAAGAAUUGCUCACUAUGGCUGUAUUAGUCAAAAUGGGAGCAGUUAUUCAUUAUUUAUUCAAAACUAAGUGCAUCAGAGACCAUGGGGUCAGUAAUUCUACAGUGAACACUAUAUCUUGGGCAUAUCUUCUAGGGUCAUCAACGUGGCAUUGGACUGUAGUCGAACGAUUCAUAAAUUCUAAAAAUCAAUGAUUUCACGCCAAUCAACUUCUCUGGACAGGACACACAUUACUUACAAUAGAGCCCAUCAUAUUAGCAUUCUGGGCAGGAGCCUACAUUUUUGGGCUAUUCAUAAAACUUGUUGAAGAAUCAAAUAAUAAUGGUCCCAAUAUGAAUAUUCUUAAUAAUCAGCACGAAUACCUUGCUAAAGAGCUGUCUAAGCUAAGACACUUUAUCUCAAGCCAUUUCAAGGAUACUUGCAGAAUCUGUUCUGGCAUCCUACAACCAGAUCAGAUGGUAAUAGUAUCCCAAUGAGCCCAUAGCCACGUGGUGCAUUAUUCUUGAGAUGCCACGUCAACAAACUCGAAUCAGAAUUGCCCAAGCUGAGAAGACUCAAAUACUGACGAAGAAGUAGAGAAGCCUAAGAUAAUACCAUUCGCCGAAAUCUUAGCACAGAAAUAUGAGAAAGUAGAAGAAGAUCGUAGAGCUCUGAAGGAGAGGAAGAAGAGAAAAUACUCGUAUACUGACUUUUAA